AUGAACAAUAACCUCAAAAGUGACACUGAAAAACCAGAAGUUGAGUUUGUGGAAGACAUAGCUCCAAAUAGUGAUAGAGAUGUUUCAUCCUCUAUUGUUAAUGAUGAUGCUGAUGAUUUCUCAGAUAUUAACGAGAAGAAAGUUUUAAGAAAAAUGGAUCUUCAUCUUAUACCAUUAUUAGCAUUGUUAUAUUUGAUUUCAUUUAUUGAUCGUGGUAAUGUGGGAAAUGCUAGAAUCGAGGGAAUAACUGUUACUUUGAAACUUACAGAAGAUGAAUUCAAUAUUUGUGUCACUAUUUUUUUCAUAACAUAUGCCCUUUUUGAAAUCCCUUCAAAUAUCUUGUUAAAGAAAAUUGGUAGACCAUCAAUUUAUAUCCCAUCUAUAAUGGUUGCUUGGGGAAUUGUUAUGACUCUGAUGGGGUGUGUUCAAAACUUUGGUGGAUUUUUCGCAUCAAGAUUGAUUCUAGGAAUAUGUGAGAGUGGACUUUACCCAGCAGUCUCUUAUUACCUUACUCAUUAUUAUUGUAAAAGAGAGAUGCAAUUUAGACAAGCUUUGUUUUAUGGUUCUGCAACCACUGCUGGUGCAUUUUCAGGUUUAUUAGCUUUUGCAAUUGCCAAAAUGAAUGGUGUUGGAGGUUAUGAAGGUUGGAGAUGGAUUUUCAUUAUUGAAGGGUUGUUAACUAUUGUUGUUGCUAUUUGUUCUUAUUUUUUGUUGUAUGAUUAUCCAGAAACUGCUAGUUUUUUCACUGAAAGGGAAAGAAAAUUUGUCAUUUGGAGAUUAAAGAAUGAUUCCAAUGCAACAACAUCCUCUGCUAAAUUAAUUGAUAAUACAGAUGAAUUAGAAGCAUUUAAGGCAGUACUAAGGGAUUGGCAAUGUUAUCUUACAAUGCUCAUAUUCAUUUUCAAUACUUCAUGCUCAUAUGGUAUUUCCCUUUUCUUACCUGCAACAAUUAAAGCUAUGGGUUAUAGUAAUUCUCAAGCUCAAUUGUUAACAAUUCCAAUUUUCAUUGUUGGUUCAAUGUGUACCAUUGUUCAGUCCCAUUUUUCUGAUAAGCUUGGUGUAAGAUCAAUAUUUAUUAUUGUUGAUUUCAUUAUUGUUAUUGUUGGAUUCAUCAUGGCCAUUGUAGGGCAAGAAACAGGACAGUAUAAAGUUAUUUAUGGUGGUGUGUUUCUUGGUGUUAUUGGACUUUAUUCUGGUUUCCCAGGUAUUGUUACGAUUCAUGCAAAUAAUUUGGCAAACUCUAAUAAGAGAGCUAUUGGUAUGGCAUUCCAAUGUGGAUUUGGUAAUUUUGGAGGUGUAUUUGCUGCAAACUUUUAUAAGCCAACUAAAUUAACAUUGGGUCACUCUUUAGAAUUGGGAUUUUCCACAAUGGGGUUAUUAUGUACACUAGUACUUGUGUUUUCUUAUAAUUUAUCCAACAAGAGAAACUUGAAGGCUUUGGAAAAUGGUGAAUUUGAUGAUGUUAGUGAUUUGGAAUUUUUCAGAAUGGGAGACAAAUCACCUUAUUACAAAUACAGAUUAUGA